CACGUCAACGUAAGCUGUCUAUGACAAAAGCGGACUGAGGUGGAUCCAAACAUGCACCCUCGUUCGCAGGGCGGACUUCUGAACGUGACCGGGGAUGGGAGCCUCCCUGCGGCCUGAUGCACCGAGUCCGCCGCGCACGACAAGCCAAGUAGUUGGAGCUGCGGCGUAAGCCACGCACGAGCCUUUUAUUUUUCUCCUCGAAGAAGAUGGCGGAGUUCUCGCCAGUGCUACCGAUCCGGGAUGGUGGCGGACGUCUGUGCCAGCCCAUCUUUCCCCGGUCCAGGUCUGGUUCCGAGUCAGACAGCGAACUCUCCCAGAGCCUGGCUCGAACCAAAAUCCGCUCGUACGGAAGCACGGCCAGCGUCACUGCUUCUCUGGGGGAGAAAUUCGUUGAGCAUCGGGUUACCGACAGUGAUACCCUGCAAGGUAUCGCCCUCAAAUAUGGUGUGACGAUGGAGCAAAUCAAGAGAGCAAACAAGCUGUUCAGCAACGACUGCAUCUUUCUGAAGAGCAGCCUCAACAUCCCAGUCUUGUCAGAGAAGCGCUUCGUAUUUAAUGGACUGUCUCUUGAGUCACCCGAUGGGGACAGUGAGCCACCUUCCCAGGAUGCGCCCUCUGUUAUGUUACAGAAUAUCGAGGGCCCGUCACCGCCCCCUUCUCCUCCUCCAGAGAACACCAAACCUUCUCAGACACAACCAGAAGAGCUGUCAGCCAAAGACUUUUUACACAGACUGGACUUGCAAAUAAAACAGUCGAAGCAGGCUGCACGUAGACUGAAAGAGGAGGACAACAGGAGUAACGAGGAGUUCUCGUCUGCGACGUCGUCCUACCAGGAGAUCUGACGAUCCACAAACUGACCCGCACACCCUCACUUGGCUCCGUCCUGCUUUUACUCUAUUUAUUUCUGCUUUUAUCAGUCCUUUGUUGAACUGACAUGUCCGUAUCAAUGCCUUUUUGUUAUUAAUUAUUGUAUGUUUUGUUGUUUUGUCUUUUUUUUUUUUUUUUUUUUUUUUUUGCAGAGCAGAGUUUCAUAUCAGAACCCAUGGUUUCAUUUCACAUUGACACAAGCUGCCGUUGAGGCCCCAUCUGCUUGCAUUAGCACCCCCUACAGGACAGGCUACCUAAAUAUGAAACAAUGGCACCGAUCAAUCGUUGUGCUGCAGCAGGAUUUGCUGUGUAUUGUUUAUGAGAGCAGGAGGAGGACAGACUCGAGCCUUUGAACAUUUACCUCUUUGGUGCGAACGAAAGGGACAGCAGCUCUAUUUUUGAAGUGUGAAUGUAUUUAUGUGUGAAGCAGUCUGUGCAACAGCUAUUUUAUUGUGCUUCUAUAUUUUGUCGCUUUUAUUUGGGCAAAAUAAAACCCUAUUUAAAU